AUUUCCCAAAGAGUGUGGGAGGGAGACAGACAGAAGUGGAUGGCCCGAGACCUGGAUUCACAGCUUUAAAAGCAGGAGCGGGAUUUUUGGAGUUUGGGAUAAUUCUGCCCUUGGUCUGAAGAGAGAGUGAGGUGGAAUAUAACAAGAUUUAAUUUUGGAAGUUGUCACUUAGUGGGAAGAGAAGAAGAGCAUUAACAGGGCGAGGAGCUGUGGUUCAGGGGGUCCAGAUGGCAGGCAUGAGGGGCCCGGCCUGCACUGGAGUCUGGCUCUAGAGUCCACAGGGGCUCCAACUUCAACUGGACACAUUCCACAGGACGUGUGCCCAUGAGGUCGUCACCGCUGGUCCUGCUCCUCCUGAUCGGCGUCCAGGCUGUACUGAACAUGUCAGGUGGAUUGGCCUGGAGCGCCGGGGCAGCCAACCACAGAGUAGGACAGCAGACGGCAGCCAAUCACAGAGCAGGACAGCAGCAAACAGCAGCAGGGGACCACAUUACUGUACACCAUACUUCACAGGAGCAUCGCAGGACCAGCCACCACAGGACCAAGAGGCUCCAUCGGGCAGCUUCACACACCCAAGAUAGGAGUCCUGUUGUUGGGCAUUCUACAUCAGAUUCCUCACCUGACCCCUCCAUCCCAGUGGUGGACCCCAAGCUCUUCUCCAAAAGGCGUUACCGCUCCUCGCCUCGAGUUGUCUUCAGCGAGGAGACUCCAUCUCAUGACGCACUGGAGGGUGAGGGAUAUGACAUUGAAGGGGUGAGGGGAGUGAGGGUAAGGCGCAGAGCAGGGUCACACACCAUGCACCGAGGAGAGUACUCAGUAUGUGACAGCAUAAAUACCUGGCUCGGCAACCUGACAAAAGCCACGGACAUAGGUGGGAACGAGGUGACAGUGCUGCCCAAUGUUACAAUCAACAAUGUGGUGAAGAAACAGUUCUUCUAUGAGACCACCUGCCGCUCCCCCACACACAGAGGCUCUGGGACUGCAAUUGGAGGGAGGCCAGGGGGACGAGGUGGUAAACAAGGCUCCAAAUCAGGCAACUCAGGCUGUCUCGGCAUCGACAGCCGCCACUGGAACUCCUACUGCACCAACACACACAUAUUUGUAAGCGCCCUGACCAUCCACAAGGAACUGACAGCCUGGCGUUUCAUCCGCAUCAAUGCUGCCUGUGUGUGUGUUCUCAGCCGGAAGUCUUGGGCAGGACGACUGAGGCACUGACCCUGACCACUGAACUAUGAACCCAGCACACACAUUUCUACUAAACAGCCACUGCAGCUUUAUUGCCAAUACUGUAAUCCACCUCCCCACCUCCAGACAUAUCGAUACUGACAAUAGCAAUCCACACACACACACACACACACACACACACACACACACACACACACACACACACACACACACACACACACACACACACACAUGUACUUACAUACACACCAAAACACACCCGCAAACAUACACAUACAGUUCCAUCAAUCCAUCACCCUGGUCCCCCUGACCCUACCUCAGUCUGAGAAGUCCUAGUUGUGUUAACUUAUGAGGACUGCAUGUCAUAUUUAUAGUUUAUACAGGCAAAUAUGAAAAUAUAUACAAUAUGUGUAUAUAUAUAAAUGAAAUCAAGCUUUAAUGUUGUUGUUGUUAUUAUUGUUGUGUUGUUCAUGCUGUUAUUUAUUAAACACCUCAGUACUU